CACUCGCUGCCGGAUUCUAAACUUCUUCGGGAAUCUUAAAGAGAAAAAUAAUUACCCCGUGCAUUUAUUUUCGUAAGAGAUAAAAUGACUGGAAAACCCAAUUACAAAGUCGCCGAUAUUACCCUGGCCGAAUUCGGCCGGAAGGAAAUCACUCUCGCUGAGAAUGAGAUGCCAGGGCUGAUGGCCAUUCGCAAGAAGUAUGGACCCCAGAAGAUUCUCAAGGGUGCGAGAAUCGCCGGCUGUCUCCACAUGACCGUGCAGACUGCUGUUCUCAUCGAGACCCUCACGGAGCUAGGGGCAGAGGUACAAUGGUCCUCCUGCAACAUUUUCAGUACCCAAGACCACGCAGCGGCAGCAAUCGCGAAGACGGGAGUCCCCGUUUACGCCUGGAAGGGUGAAACCGACGAGGAGUACACCUGGUGCAUCGAGCAAACUCUAGUCUUCAAGGACGGAAAGCCCCUGAACCUUAUCCUGGACGAUGGAGGUGACCUCACCAACCUCGUCAACACUAAAUACCCAGAAUACCUGAAGGAGUGUCGCGGCAUCUCCGAGGAGACAACCACUGGUGUCCACAAUCUCUACAAAAUGCUCCGGGAGAAUAAACUCAAAGUCCCAGCGAUCAACGUCAACGAUUCUGUUACAAAGAGUAAAUUCGACAAUCUUUAUGGAUGCCGAGAGUCCCUGAUCGAUGGAAUAAAGCGAGCAACGGAUGUGAUGAUCGCUGGGAAAGUCUGCGUCGUUGCAGGAUACGGAGACGUGGGCAAGGGUUGCGCCCAGAGCCUCCGAGCCUUCGGUGGUCGCGUCGUCAUCACGGAAAUCGACCCCAUAAACGCUCUCCAGGCUGCCAUGGAGGGAUACGAAGUCACAACUAUGGAGGAAGCUGCUGCAAAGGCCCAGAUCUUCGUCACAACGACUGGAUGCAAGGACAUCAUCACUGGGGCACACUUUGAAUCCAUGCCCGAUGACGCGAUCGUUUGUAAUAUCGGACACUUUGACUGCGAGAUUCAGGUGUCGUGGCUGGAGAAGAAUGCCGUUGAGAAGGUCAACAUCAAGCCACAAGUGGACAGGUUCAGGCUUAGCAAUGGGAGACACGUCAUUCUUCUUGCUGAGGGACGACUGGUCAAUCUGGGAUGCGCCACUGGGCAUUCCAGCUUCGUCAUGAGCAACUCGUUCACUAAUCAGGUGCUGGCGCAGAUCGAACUGUGGACCAAGCCUGGCGAGUACAAGAUCGGCGUUCACAUGCUGCCCAAGAAGCUCGAUGAAGAAGUUGCUGCUCUCCACCUGGACAAAUUAGGCGUCAAACUCACGAAAUUGACCCCAGAACAAGCGAAAUACCUGGACAUUCCUGUGAAUGGGCCCUUCAAGCCUGACCACUACAGAUACUAAAUGAAUUCUAAAAACAGAAGAAAAUCAUUUGCGGAUUAACGUAUAGGGCUUAUGGUUUCUACCCUGUUCUAUUCUGUUUUAAGGUCGUCCAACAUCGAGGUUGUACGGGCCGAAGUGUAUGGUUUUACUAAGAGAUAGUGGUGUGAAGUGAGCAUUUGCAUUGAUAAAGAAAAUUUUUUGUA